CAUUGGACAUUCGAGCCAGCUACGAUAUAAGAGCCGCAUGACCAUUAGCCUCGUCUCUAUCCUGUCACAACUUUGAUCUCAAGAUGUCUGCCACCUCGAGCGAUUUUGCUUUACCACGUCCGGGCGGAGCGCCUAGUGUAUCGAAGACGCCAAUUCCAGGCCCCGCUGAGGCAGCCUUCACGGAGACCUUCGGCACGCUCCUACCGCCAGCCAAAUAUCUCAACACAGUCCACGGCAAUGCCGCAUAUUAUGAGAUGCUACCUUCCGGCUCUCUCUCCUCUGAAAAUAGCCCCCAAAUACCCGAUCGAGUGCUCUUCAUCCACGGCGUGCAAACCCCAGCUCUAGGCAUGCUCCCACUCGCCCGCGCCCUACAUGCAUCGUUUCCGCAUGCGCAUUUCGUACUGGUCGAUCUUUGGGGCCAUGGAUUGAGCGAUACACCCGUUAUCCCGCACGACUCGAAUCUUUUCCAUCAACUGAUAGACGCGCUGUUGGAUCAGUUGAACUGGCCUUCUGCACAUCUCAUAGGAUUCUCCUUUGGAGGCGCUUUGACAGUCGGAUAUGCAGCCUCGCGGUCAUCACGGGUGCAAAGUUUCACCCUCGUCGCGCCAGCUGGACUUUACAGCUCUUCAAACUUCAAAGUCGAGGAAUUGGGCUACUUGCGAGGCGACGACGAGGCUGCAGCUCGGAAGUGGGUCUUGCAAUGGCUUGAAGGCGGUGAGCUAGUCGUGCCUGCGGACUGGAAGGAAAGAGUUGGGAAAGGUGAGAUUGUCGCCGAGGCUGUUCGAGAAUGGCAGAUGCGUGAGCAUUCUGGGCAUGUGGCUUCUGUAGUCGCAGUGGUCAGAGAUGGUGGUAUCAUGGACAAUGACGCCGAGUUCGUCAAGGCGGUGCAUACCGGCAUUCCAUCACAUGCAAUCCUUGGCGGAACAGAUGAUGUGUGCAGUCAACAUCAGCUCGAGGAAGUUGGCUUCGCAAAUGUUGCUGUUAUUCCGCAGGUCGGGCAUGGUGUGGUCAGGGAAAGAGUGUCAGAGGUUGCGGCGCUCAUCCACGAGUUUUGGACAGGACUUCCGAAGAAGCCUAGUGUCUAGGCGGCCCUGGUCUGUAGAGAAGCAAAAAACACUACUUCAUCAAAGUGUAUAGAUUGGUGAUUGGUAGUAUUUGAUCGUUUGAAACGAAACAUUAUAUCAAAGGUUACGAC